ACGACACACGGUUGCGGGUAUAAAAGCUCUUGUGAGCGUGCGGCCAAGUGAUCAGGAUCGCUCAGCAUGAUGCUGCUCACCGCUCUCUACUUCGGCCUCGCACUCGGCCUGACGAGUGCUGCAUCAGUGCAACUUGCAGCUCUCACAGCAGAAGAUGCAGUCCAGCCAGAUCGAUGCGAUGGGAUAGAAUUUGACGCCAUCACACCAGAUGAAAAAGGAAACACUCUCUUCUUCAAAGGUGCCCACGUAUGGAAAGGCUUCCACGGUCCUGCCCAUCUCUCAAGUGAAUCCUUCAAAGAACUGGCCGAUCAUCCAACAGGCCAUGUCGAUGCUGCGUUCCGCAUGCACAACACCGAGAACGUUGAUGACCACGACCACGUCUACUUCUUCCUGGACGACCAAGUGUUCAGCUACUAUAAUCAGUCUUUGGAGAACGGCUAUCCCAAGCCCAUAGUAGACGACUUCCCAGGGGUCCCCUCGCACCUGGAUGCAGCCGUGGAGUGUCCUAAAGGAGAGUGCACCACAGACUCGGUUCUGUUCUUCAAGGGACAUGACGUACAUUUAUAUGAUAUUGCCACAAAGACGGUGAAAACCAAGACAUGGUCCCACCUACCGACAUGCACGUCUGCACUGCGCUGGCUGGAGCACUAUUACUGCUUCCAUGGACACAACUUCACCAGGUUCCACCCCCUGUCAGGACAGGUCAACGGUUCCUACCCAAAGGAUGCCCGCCAUUACUUCAUGACCUGUGCCAACUUUGGCCACGGUGGGGAUUAUAAAGUACCAAAAUGCAGCGAAGUUAAAAUAGACGCCAUCACAACGGAUGACACCGGGAAAAAAUAUUUAUUUGCAGGUCCGAUCUAUAUGCGCCUGGAUACACAUCGGGAUGGUUUUCAUGCCUUCCCGAUAACGAGGGUGUGGAAGGAGAUGAUCAGUGGUGUGGAUGCUGUUUUCUCCUACACGGACAAGAUCUACAUGAUUAAGGACGACCAAGUGUUCAUCUAUAAAUCCGAUGCGCACUACACCUUAAUCGAAGGCUACCCUAAAUCCCUGAAGGAAGAGUUGGGCAUCGAGGGACAUGUGGACGCUGCUUUUAUGUGUCCCAAUCAACAUACGGUCCACGUAAUUCAAGGAAAGAUCAUUCGUGACAUCGACCUGACUGCUACGCCAAGAGUGAUGACCCGAGAAUUUCCCUUGCCCUUCUCUGAUAUUGACGCUGGCCUAUGCGGCCAGGAGGGCGUCAACGUGUUCAAAGGCCACCAGUACUACCAUUAUGACAACGCCUUCACCCUAGCUGUGACCAGAAUAGCCCCAGUGCCAGAAAACGUUACUCCGGCCAUGAUGGGAUGUGAGGAGUAAACAUUAAUUAGACAUCUACAAUGUUUCAUUUUUUAAAUUGUGUGUGGUGAUUACGCUGUACGGACACAAGUGAAAACAACUUGACAUGCAUCAAUAAAAGUACACUGAACAAAUAUAUAAAAA